UCUCCGGAUCUCUCUCUCUUCUCUCCAGGCUCUCGCGUGCCGGACCAGAGAUCGUGCAAGCAAAGAAGCAACCUGGCUUAACACCCAGCACGUACGCCUGUAGCAGAGCCGAGCCGAGCCAAGCUGAGAACGCUUCGCAGAGGAACCGCUGGAGGGUCCAGGUCGCGAACGCUGAACCGAGCCUGUUCCUGCGCCCAACCCGAAGAGGACCCUUGAACUGUGAAAACCCCAGGACCACCGUACUGAUGGCAUCUUCUACUCCUUCGUCUGCAACCUCCUCGAACGCGGGAGCGGAUCCUAAUACUACCAACCUGCGCCCUACAACAUAUGAUACCUGGUGUGGCGUGGCCCAUGGAUGCACCAGGAAACUGGGUCUGAAGAUCUGUGGCUUUUUGCAGAGGACCAACAGCCUGGAAGAGAAGAGUCGCCUUGUGAGCGCCUUCAGAGAGAGGCAAUCCUCUAAGAACCUACUUUCCUGUGAAAACAGCGAUUCUGGUGGUGCCCGCUUCCGGCGCGCAGAGACAGAUUUCUCCAACCUGUUUGCUCAAGAUCUGCUGCCAGCCAAGAAUGGGGAGGAGCAAACAGUGCAGUUCCUGCUGGAGGUGGUGGACAUCCUCCUCAACUACGUCCGCAAGACGUUUGACCGCUCCACCAAAGUGUUGGACUUCCACCACCCACACCAGUUGCUGGAAGGCAUGGAGGGUUUUAAUUUGGAGCUGUCUGACCACCCUGAGUCUCUGGAACAGAUCUUGGUUGACUGUAGAGACACCCUGAAGUAUGGGGUUCGUACAGGUCAUCCUCGGUUUUUCAACCAGCUCUCUACUGGUUUGGAUAUCAUUGGCUUAGCUGGCGAAUGGCUGACAUCAACCGCCAACACCAAUAUGUUUACAUAUGAAAUUGCACCCGUGUUUGUCCUCAUGGAACAGAUAACACUUAAGAAGAUGAGAGAGAUCGUCGGAUGGUCAAGCAAAGAUGGUGAUGGGAUAUUUUCUCCUGGGGGAGCCAUAUCCAACAUGUACAGUAUCAUGGCUGCUCGCUACAAGUACUUUCCAGAAGUUAAGACAAAAGGCAUGGCAGCUGUGCCCAAACUGGUCCUCUUCACCUCAGAACACAGUCACUAUUCCAUAAAGAAAGCCGGGGCUGCACUCGGCUUUGGAACCGACAAUGUGAUUUUGAUAAAGUGCAAUGAAAGGGGGAAGAUAAUUCCAGCUGAUUUAGAGGCAAAAAUUCUUGAAGCCAAGCAAAAGGGAUAUGUUCCCCUCUAUGUCAACGCAACUGCAGGCACAACUGUUUAUGGAGCUUUUGACCCAAUACAGGAGAUUGCAGACAUAUGUGAGAAAUACAACCUUUGGCUACAUGUUGACGCUGCCUGGGGCGGUGGACUGCUCAUGUCUCGGAAGCACCGCCACAAACUCAGCGGCAUAGAGAGGGCCAAUUCAGUCACCUGGAACCCUCACAAGAUGAUGGGUGUGUUGCUCCAGUGUUCAGCCAUUCUGGUCAAGGAAAAGGGUAUACUCCAAGGAUGCAACCAGAUGUGUGCAGGGUACCUCUUCCAGCCUGACAAGCAGUAUGACGUCUCCUAUGACACCGGGGACAAGGCAAUUCAGUGUGGCCGCCACGUGGACAUCUUCAAGUUCUGGCUUAUGUGGAAAGCAAAGGGCACCGUGGGAUUUGAAAAUCAGAUCAACAAAUGCCUGGAGCUGGCUGACUACCUCUACGGCAAGAUUAAAGCCAGAGAAGAAUUUGAGAUGGUUUUCGAUGGUGAGCCCGAGCACACAAAUGUCUGUUUCUGGUAUAUUCCACAAAGCCUCCGAGGGGUUCCAGAUAGCCCUGAGAGACGAGAAAAGCUACACAGGGUGGCACCCAAGAUCAAAGCCCUGAUGAUGGAGUCCGGGACAACCAUGGUUGGCUACCAGCCCCAAGGAGACAAGGCUAACUUCUUCCGAAUGGUCAUCUCCAAUCCAGCGGCCACCCAGUCUGACAUCGAUUUCCUCAUUGAGGAAAUAGAAAGGCUGGGCCAGGGUCUGUAAUUCCCCCCUCAAAAAACCAGGGUCAUCAGCCAUGCCCUUUCCCCUCUGGCACCCUGGACCACAGCUCUGUCAGUAGCUGACACACCUAGGCCAUCUCAUUGAAGAAAAUUAUAAUCUCUUGAAGAAUAUUUGUCACAACCUCACGUAAGCUUGUUUGUUAGAGUUAGCAGGAAAUAAUGUUCUUUUUU